ACUCAUCUACAUUUCCGCCUAAAAUCCACACCGAACCGAGCGAGAGGAGUGAUGGCAGACUCAUCAGCACCACCACCACCCGCCCUUCCAAACCCUAACUACCCCGCUGAUUCUCUACCACCGCCGCCUGCUCGCUUCUUCAAAAGGCCCUCCGUUCGGGUGACUUCGGAGUUCGACAGCGACUCCUCGGUGUUCUUCCACAAGGUGUCUUGCAAGCUGUUGGAUAGUGUGGCCAAGCUCAAGGUCUCCUUCAGCAACGACCACAAGGGCGAGGUGGUCUCUCCGCCUCAAGUCUCCUUCAUCUCUCAGUACCUCUCCAUUCACUACAACUUUGAAGAUGAAUCCACCAUCCUCAAUAGCUCCGUCGAUGUUGGUCCCCGUCUGCAAUUCCGCGCUUCCCACGAUCUCAAGGCACGACAAGGAGAGGCUUCCAUGCUUGCCAAGUUCCCUGACCCUGGCUAUGCACUUCAACUCUCUUCUACUUUCCCUUCUGCUGGUCUGCCAAAAGCUACUCUCAAAUUCCCCCUUGGUGAAGUUUCUUUCGUGGAAAAAGAGGAGGAGGAGCAGAUAAACAGAGCAUAUUCUAUGAGUGGCACUGUUAAAGGCCAAAUUUUCAACGGGCUCGGCACUGCUUAUUUUGCAGAGGAUGAUAUCAAGUUACGAUACUCAUUUAAGGAUGAGGAGAUGUCUUUUAUCCCAUCUAUUUCUCUGCCUUCAAAUGCAUUGUCAUUUGCUUUUAAGCGUCGGUUUGGUCCCUCAGACAAGUUGAGUUACUGGUACAAUUUUGAUUCCAACUACUGGAGUGCGGUUUACAAGCACACAUAUGGCAGGGACCUAAAACUUAAAGCUGGUUAUGAUUCAGAGGUGCGCCUUGGCUGGGCGUCUCUGUGGGUUGGGGAUGAAGCUGGCAAAGCAAAGACAGCUCCAUUGAAGAUGAAGGUUCAAUUCAUGCUCCAAGUACCGCAAGAUGACAUUAGAUCAUCAGCCUUGAUGUUCCGAGUUAAAAAGAGAUGGGAUAUAUAGUCUCGUUGUUGUAAAACUGAUGACGGUGUUCCUUUCUUUCCUUAGUUAUGUAUACACGUGUUCAACUGUGGUUCUAUUUCAGAUCAUAACACAGUAUAGAUGUGAUACAACAUCUGCUAUUCUAACUAUGCGAUUGCUUGCUGUGCAACAGGUUCAAUUGUUUUAUAUUAAUCAGUUAAAUCGGUA